GGACAUAAUUACUUAGAAAAAAAGAGAGAGCAUGCUAAAGUUGAAGAGAUUUGUACUUGUUUGUUUUGUCGUGUCGCUACAAUGGGCCAAUUUGCAACGGACGAACUACAAAACCUACGAAGAUUUGAUUGAAAUUACUUUACAGGAAGCCCGAAAACGAUUAUUUCUACAAUACUCAAACAGUAGCGUAAGAAAGCAAAGGGAAUUCCCCGAAUCUUUUUCUUUCCCGUGCCAAAAUGCCGCAAGGUUUGGAAGGUCACCAACCCGCCCAACCAGCGUCCACAAGCUUCGACCUGGUGAUAUUGACGUGGUGGCAGCAAUGGGCGACUCUUUAGUAGCAGGAAACGGUGCAAUGGAAGAUUUUGCUUUGGGUAACAUGAUUGAAAGCAGGGGUGUCUCGUGGUGCAUUGGAGGUGAUGGUACAUGGCGUCAAUUCGUCACCCUGCCAAACAUUUUGAAAGAAUUCAACCCUAAUCUAACGGGCUAUUCGACGGGAAUUGGGGAAUUCACCGCCCCUAACUCAGGGUUGAACAUAGGAUUCCCUGUUGCUGCUGAUGCAGACGCAUUAAAGCAAGCGCACAUCUUGGUAGACAGGAUACGGAAAAAUCAUAAAAUCGAUAUAAACAAUGAUUGGAAAAUGAUUACGGUUUUCUUCGGUGCUAACGAUUUGUGUUCGGCCCAAUGUUUUGACGCCCAAAAGGGGUCACCGUACAACCAUGCGGUAAAACUGAGUAAAGCAUUGGACUAUUUACAACGCCAUUUACCUAGGACAUUUGUAAAUUUAAUUCCCGUAAUAGAUGUUACCGUUAGCGUUAGGCUUAAGAGAUCAUUGAUGUGCCGUCUAAUGCACUCGCUUUACUGCACCUGUUAUCGAAAAACUAAAGGCGACCCUGUUGAUGAACUUUCGGAGAUGACGAGAAAGUAUCAACAAGCGGAAGAAAUUCUGAUCUCAAGCGGACGCUAUGACCAAAAAGAAGACUUUACCGUAAUAAUCCAACCGUUUAUUAAAUAUUUUAAUACGCCCAGGAAUCACAUUCUUCGACAAAGAGAAGCCAUUGACAUAUCAUACAUUACAUAUGAUUGUUUUCAUUUUUCACAGAAAGGGCACGCAUUAGGGGCUAAUAUGUUGUGGAACAACCUUCUUCAGCCAGUAGGACGAAAAAGCACAGCCAUGAUUGAUGGAUUAAUGAGAGACUUUCUCUGUCCUUUAGAAAAAGCUCCCUACUUUUUCACUUACAAAAAUUCAAAGACUUAUUUUGAAACUGGCCAUCAAUGACUAAAUAAAU